GAGACGCUCACUCUGACAGAGAGAGCUCCGGACUAAAACCAGCACCACUUCCACUGAGAGAGGACAGCAGGAGGGAGUACUGGGAGUACUGGUUCUACUGGGAUACUGGGAAUACUUCCACUUUAACCAGCGUCUCCAGCUUCACUCCAGACAAAAUGGCGUCCAAGUUAGAGGAGGAUCUGAGCUGUCCGGUCUGCCUGGACAUCUUUAAAGAUCCCGUCAUGCUGUCCUGCAGCCACAGCUUCUGUAGAGAGUGUGUGGAGAAGAGCUGGAAGGAGAAGGAGGACAAGGAGUGUCCCAUCUGUAAGAGGAGACAGUCGAAGGGAUUAUUUCCUGUCAUUGCUUUAAAGAAUCUGUGUGAGACUUUUCUGCAGGAGAGAGAACAGAGAGCUUCAGAGGAUCUCUGCAGUCUGCAUCAGGAGAAGCUCAAACUCUUCUGUCUGGACCAUCAGGAGCCGGUGUGUCUCGUCUGCAGAGAUUCAGAAAAACACACUGAGCACCGAUUCAGACCCAUCGAUGAAGCUGCAGAAGAACACAGGAAGAGCCUAAAGAAAACUUUGCAGCGUUUAAAGAAGAAGUUAGAGGCUCUAAAACACAUUAAAGGGAACUUUGAUGUAACAGAAGCUCACAUGGAGGUCCAGGCCCGACACACAGAGAGGCAGAUUAAGGAGCAGUUCAAGAAGCUUCAUCAGUUUCUAGCAGAGGAAGAGGAGGCCAGGCUGCGUGCACUGAGGGAGGAAGACCAGCAGAAAAAAACGAGGAUGAAGGAGCAGAUGGAGGCUCUGAGAGCACAGAUAGCAGAUCUUUCACAGACAGUCAGAGCCACAGAGGACCAGCUGACGGCCCAAGACGUCUCCUUCCUGAGAAACUACAAGGCUGCAGUGGAGAGAGUCCAGCAGCGCCCCCUGCUGGAGGAGCCACAGCUGCCCUCAGGAGCUCUGAUAGACCAGGCCAAACACCUGGGCAACCUUGGCUACAAGAUCUGGACCAAGAUGAAGGACAUGGUCUCCUACAGGCCCGUCAUUCUAGACCCAAACACUGCUGAUGUACGACUCACUCUGUCUAAUAACCUCUCCGCUCUGAGAUUUCAUCGAGGGAGUCAGCCUCCUGAUAAUCCAGAGAGGUUUGGUCAUUACUGGUCUGUCCUGGGCUCUGAGGGCUUUAACUCAGGGACUCACAGCUGGGACGUCGAGGUCGGAGGCAGUGACUACUGGAUCCUGGGAGUGUUUCCAGAGUCUGCUGAGAGGAAGGGAGACAUAUGGUCUAGAGUUUGGGCAGUAGAGUUCAAUUUAGAUAGAUACAACACACGCUCACCAUCACAUCCAUUCACUAUUCUCCCAGUGCAGACACUAGCAAAGAGGAUCCGAGUGAAUCUGGACUGUAACAGAGGAGAGCUGUCGUUCUCUGAUCCUAAUACUAACACACUCAUACACUCCUUCACACACACUUUCACUGACAGGAUGCUUCCAUACUUCAAUACUGAGUCUUACUCCCCACUGCAGAUUCUCCCAGAGAAGAUCUCUGUGAGCGUGGAACCAAACUAAACAAACAUGAUGUUCUGAUGCAUUUGAUCCAGUCACUUCUGAUAUUUGACUACAGAAACUUUCCUUUCAUGGUUUACAGUCAACAAAUCUAUGAUGGAUCCAAAGUUGGGCCUCAUCUGAUGACAGGACCAUUUGUAGUGGGGUACCACAGGGUCACUGAGCCUCAUUCACCAAGAAGACAUUUGUUCUAGAAACAUCUGACACAGUUUGAAAGAAGAUUGUGACAUUCACCAAAGUCUUCUUCUCUGUCAGAACAAAAUCUCAGAACCCUCCAGAACACUCUGAGCUUUUCAUUCUCCAUGUUCUGAUCAUUGUGGCUGUGUUCAUGUUUAUGGCAUGAAUUUUGCAGAGACUGUGUAUUUUUAUGUGAUCUUGUCAUUUCCAGCUCAGCUCCUACAGUCAGUCUAAAAUACACUGUUUACAAGCAAAAGUUACACUCAAGCUGUUCAGAGCCAAAAAUGCCCCAUUGAAACCCAUUCAAACUGACAUUUUUCAUCUCACUGCCAUUAAAGCAGAAUACAUGCUUUUUAUCAGAUCUGGGUGUCAGUCUGGGCUUUUGACUUGGAAUUGAUCAUUUCUACUACUCUCCACCAGAUGGCGCCAU